AUGGAUCCCCAGCGCAAGACGGCUAUCCGACAGCUCGUCGUCGCGGCCGCCAAGGCCAAGUUCCAAGCGCGGCCCGACGCGGCCGCAGUGAGCAUCGCGCCGUACAGUCCAUCGCCGAUGGCCAUGGUGCACGGCGUCUGGGACCGCUUGGCGCCGAUGAUGUCGGGCCAUGACCACGUGGUCGAGCUCGGAUGUGGCGACGGCCGUUGGAUCCUCGAGGGCGUCAAGCGCUUUGGCUGCAGCGCAAUGGGCGUCGAGUGGGAUCCGCAGGUGGCGCAGCGUGCAAAGGCGCAGGCAGCCACGGUUUCCGGCGCGAUCGACAUUCGGGUUGAAGACAUGCUCGCGCCGUCUUUUCGUCUCCCGGCGCGCACGACGCUCGUCAUUGUCUACGCGUUCACCGAGACGCUCAAUAUGAACGUCAAGGCGCUCCUCGCGCAGUGCGAUCGCGGGACCAAGGUUCUCUCGGUGGGCUUUCGCGUGCACGGGUGGCAGCCGCAAUGGACACUGCGCUUUACAGGACUCAACUGCUACUAUUACGAACUCGCCGGCCACGACGCCGGUAUCGGCGACUCUAAGCGGUGA